UCCUUUUUUCCCCUUUCCUCCUCCUCCUCCUUUUGGGGGCUCUGCAGGGGAGGGGGGGCUUUUUCCUUCCUCCCCUCCAAAUUUAUUAAUUUGAUUUUUUAUAUGGAGGGGUAAAAAAAGAAGUUUCUCAGCGAUGGACUCGAGCAGAUGAGCGUUUCCUGCAGGAAAGGAAAAAGAAAGGGAAAAAAGAAGGAGGAGGAGGAGGGGCAACUCUUGCCAUUGAAGGCUAACCCAGAAGAAAUACCCUCCUUCAGUGAUAUACAGACCUGAUGAAGAUACAACCAUGGACGAAGAGGCAGCUAUCAAUUCUAUUAUGAAGGAUCUUGCUGCCCUGGGCAAAUGUGGGGGUCUCUUGGACAGCAACAGGAACAAAAACCAUGUCCAUUCUAACAAACAGUUGCGGAAUGCCAGAAUUAAAUUUGAACAUGAUGGAGAGAAAAGAAUUAUGCAAUUCCAGAGGCCAGUUAAAUUCAAAGAGGUUCUACAGAAAGUUAUGGAUGCUUUCGGACAGAUGAUGGACUUGCAUUAUGCCAACAAUGAGCUCCUGAUUCCCCUGAAAUCCCAGGAAGAUUUGGACCGAGCGGUGGAACACUUGGAUCUCAGCCCUUCUCUCAAGAGCCUGAGAGUGUUUGUGAAAACUCCAAAGAAAACAAAUGCUUUGCAGCCCAACAACAGCAAGCAGCACGAGAUGAGAAUAUCCAAGUCUAUGGGAGAUAUCAUGGGGUCCCUGUACAAAGAUGCGGAGAGGACACGGAAGCAUUCAACAGGUUCCUUGCACACCGGCCGGAGUUCUCCACCUCCUGGGAGUGUCCCUGAGGAGCAGCAGCAGAUUGCUCGGCAGGGUUCCUACACGAGCAUCAACAGUGAAGGGGAGUUUAUUCCUGAAACUAUGGACCAAAAUUUGCUGGAAUCAUUCAUCAGUCCAGAUGAUUCCCUCUCAGGAAGCUGCCAAUCUCUGGACAGAUCUGUAGACAGCCCUCCUUUUAGUCAAACACCUGUUUCAAGAAGGAAGAGAGAAGCCAAAGAUAGUCUUGACUGCCUAGAUUUUGAUAUCCCAUUCUGUGAGAGAUUUGGGAAAGGAGGCACCUUCCCAAGACAGUAUCAUCUCUCCCAGAGUCGCAAGGACUACAAUGAUGGCCGAAGAACCUUCCCCAGGAGUUACGUUCCACCACAGAACCUGUUCCAGCUUCUGCCAUCCAGCCGAACGAAGAGCUUUAACGGAGACAACAAGCUUGUCACUUUGCGGUACGAGGAACGUGGAGGCAACAAGUGGUGGCACAACUGUGACAAAAUCUUCCAAGGCUUUGGCUCUCCUCCUGACAAGACUAGGAACAGUAGGUUACCUCCUGCACUGCAAGCCCCCGUGAACUGGAGGCUUGGGAAAUUACUAGGCCGAGGUGCCUUUGGAGAAGUCUACCUUUGCUAUGAUGUUGACACUGGCCGAGAACUGUCUGUAAAGCAGGUGCCUUUUGAUCCCGACAGCCAAGAGACAAGCAAAGAGGUGAAUGCUUUAGAAUGUGAGAUCCAGCUGCUUAAAACCCUCCGCCAUGAGAGGAUAGUUCAGUAUUAUGGCUGCUUGCGGGACCCUGAGGAGAGGAAAUUGUCCAUCUUCGUGGAAUAUAUGCCAGGGGGUUCUAUCAAAGAUCAGCUGAAAGCCUAUGGGGCCCUAACAGAGAACGUGACUCGGAAGUACACCAGGCAAAUCCUGCAAGGGGUUUUCUACCUACACAGCAACAUGAUUGUCCACAGGGAUAUCAAAGGUGCCAACAUUUUGAGAGAUUCUGCUGGGAAUGUGAAACUAGGAGACUUUGGUGCCAGCAAACGCAUUCAGACCAUCUGCAUGUCCGGAACGGGGAUGAAAUCUGUCACAGGGACUCCAUACUGGAUGAGCCCUGAAGUGAUCAGUGGGGAAGGAUACGGAAGGAAGGCAGAUGUAUGGAGCGUGGGCUGCACUGUGGUUGAGAUGUUGACUGAAAAACCACCCUGGGCAGAAUUUGAAGCCAUGGCUGCCAUUUUCAAGAUUGCUACGCAGCCCACAAAGCCCCAGCUUCCAGAUGGCGUUUCGGACUACUGCCGCGGCUUCCUCAAGCUGAUCUUUGUGGAGGAGAAGCGCAGACCCACAGCAGAAGACCUACUGAGGCAUCCUUUUGUGAGCUUUAGCCUCUAGCAGGUCAUCCUGCGAGAGGGAUGGGAAAGACACAAAGUUCACACAAGAACGGUAAAGUGAGCAACAACCACAACAAAAAAGAACCUGCACACUUCUAAAUUCAACCUCAGUUUCCUGUUUGGGUUAUUCCCAAAUGUGCUGCAUUGUUAUCAGUCAUGCCAUGUUGGUCAACCAGCAGUCAUCUUGCCAAGUCUCUUAAGCUGCAUUUCCAGCCAUCUUGAUGUUGUGGAGGUUGAUGGGUGCAUGCUGUACUAUGGAGGCCAGUGGAUUCUCUGCUUGUAUUGGCCCCUCAUUAGGCCAUAAUGGACUUGCACAGCCAUUAAAGAACAACAUGGAGAAAGUUGAGUUUCUUCUCAGCUGACAGGCACACCCUGGUAAAAUGGUUGAAAAGAGCAAAAUGAACAGCAGCAACACUCAGCAGUGAGCUUUGCCAUUCUUGCCAGGCUGGCAGCCAUUGAAAAGGACGCCUGGAUGAAGCAAGUAGAAAUAAACCCAGAGCAAAUGAACAAUGGCAUCUGCCUGCCUCUGUCUGAGCAUGGAAAAGCCAUGACUCAUCGCAGGAAGUCUGAUGCACAUAAAACGAGCUCCAGCUUUUGGGAGCAGGAGGUGAAACAGAGCUGUUUUGUAUUUUAGGUGGUAAUUAUAACCGGUGGUUAAAUAUAUAACAGUGAUCCAACCCAAAGUGAUCAAGAGUCCAGAGAUUGCACCAGAAUCGUAUGGAAGUCCUCCAAAGCUAUUUAUCUUUUCCUUCAACCCAAAGGAAAUUAGUCAUAACUGGCCCACUUGUAAUAGAAGCAUUUGCUUAGCCCUUUAUUAAAUGUUUCCUAUGAUGUGGAUUACACCAAUCUGUUUCUGCAUUAUAUUUUAGUCUAUAUGUUUGAGAUUUGUAGUGUUUGAGAAAUGAGGGUCUGGGGAAAGCCACUAUCUCCUGCCUGGCAUUUCUCGCUGGACCAAAUGAAACAUCAGGGGCUAAAUUUACAGCGCUUUAUAAAUAAAAGUUAAUAAUAAAUCCAAUUGCUAAAGACUAGCCCCCAGUAGAGUAGAACCAUUGAAUCAUUAGGAUUUACACAGAUGUUGGUUUACUACUCAUUAAUUUACACUGGUUCUGCUCUAGUUGUUACUCUAGCAGUUGGAUUUAGGCCAAAGGGUCAUUUGGAGAAAAUACCUAAAAAUGUAUUUCCCUGGGUUGGAAAUAACAUUUAAAAAGCUCCAAAUUCUGAUUCAUCAAUAUCUUUCUAAAUUAAAAAGUUUCCCCUAAUUAAUUUGGCAGCAGCAUUUUGAGUUUUUAAUUUUUUAAAAAAAUCAAUUUUAGUGCAAGUUAUUUAAGAAACUGCAGGAACAAGUGUCACUUUAGAAGAGGCAUUCUCUCCUGUUUCUGAGAGAGAUUUGGGGAAUACCUCUUCCAAAAUUGCAUACUGCACAUUUUGGCAGAUUAGAUUAAUAUCUCGAUUGAGUAAUCAAUCAGCUAAAUUCCUAAGAGUGUAGUAACUAGACAUAGUAUAGUAACUAUUUGAAAGUAUAUUGUAGUAAUACUUUUAUUAGGCCAACCAAAAAGUCACAACAUUCUUUGAGGAAGCCUUUGAAACAAACAUCUUGUACAGAGAUUAUGCUGUUUUUGAUUGGCAUAAGAAAAGUAAGACCAUUCUGUGGGCUUUGGAGUUUGAGUUAGGGUCAACAUGGCUACCCAUGUAUUCUGGUAAAUAUGUUAACUAUUAUAAUAUAGUUACCAUAACUGUGAUCAAUUUAGUUGGAUGAUUGUCCUUGUCUUUGCCAAAUGCAUUCCCCCCAAAGUCAUUUACCAGCUUUAGACACCCACACACUGCUUUUUCCCCUCAGUGUUGAGGUUCCAGUGGACAAAUAUUGUAUGAACUUCUGGGAAGGAACAUGAAAAUAUUAUGGAUGUCCCACAUAUUGAAGCUCCACAAUGUAUUGCUGUGCAGUGGCCUCCAAGUGUGGCAGAUCUAUCAGCCCUAAAUGUUGUCUUGACUGGUCCAGAAAAGAAAGAGAGCCAUCGCAGUGCCAGCCAGUCAGUGUCUCGCCAUCCAUUCGCUUGGUUGAUUGAUGCUGCUAAAUGCAAUCUCUUUGGAAGAAAGUCAUGCGUUAGUGGGCCCAGGGGCCAUAUUAUAUCUGUCCCCAAAACAAAUCCAGGUUUGUGUCAAGUUAUAAUCUAGGUUAUGUGGUUUAAGUUUAAGUGAGUGUUGCAUUUUGAGCAAAUGUGCACAUCUUGCAAUAUAUUCAGCUUAAUUUAAAUUCUCCAUUCUACACUUAAGAAGAGGAGGAACUUAUUCAGUCUGGCACUUUCCCAGACUUUUCAUGCACUAAUCCAGUUCAGAAGUCCACCCCAAAAUACUUACUUCAGGGAAAGAUUGCACGCAAAAAUACAUCUUUCACUGGAAAUGACAAAGACCCAAAUCCUUGAUGAGUUGCAUACAUACAUGAAUUUUUCUUCAGGCUUAAAAACAAUUUUCAUGGAAUCUGGGCAUACUUCACAUGGAAUCCUCUGAGGAAGUAAACUCAAGUCUAAGAAAGCUCAUUCUACCAACUUCUCUCUUUCAUUUAGUCUCAAAGGUGCUACAAGAUCCCUUGCAUACUGAUUCCCUUGAUCUAGAAACACUGCUCCUGUUGAUGUAGCCUAGACCUUUACCAAGCACACACUUUCCAGAUCAUCUCUGCAGC